GUCCGGCAGUGCGGCAGCGAGCCUCGCGCUAUAUCGAGCCGAGCACGCUCUUUCUCUCUCCCUCUUUCUCUGUCGGUUUGGCUCAGCCGUCGCCGGAGACAGUGCGGGAGACAACCUCGGGGCUUUCACCGCCUUUCCUAAACGAUUAGGAUCCCUCGCGACCGAUGAGGAUCGCCGGACGUCCGCUGGUACCGCCGUAAACCUGGCCAGGAACGCAGGACCCGUCGUCGAGCCAGGCUCGACGUGGACGAGGAAGAGGAGGCUGCGACCAUGGGCAACGCCACCACGAAGAGCCACUACAACAAGAGUUUGCCACCCAUCUCCGCCGCUAGGAGACCGCGUUGGGAGGGAUCAGGACUUCCGGCUCCGCCAGGGAAGCCGAUUUUAAUACCAGGAGCGGAUGAAUCGCAACCGGAUGUGGUGGCCAUCCGUUGGGAGCGAUCACCUAGUAAUGGUGGCUCGGCCAUCGUCGGCUACCUCGUCGAGCAUCGCAGGCUCGGCUCACAGCACUGGGUGCGAAGUACACCAGGGCUGUGCACCUUCCCGGAGCUGACUUUGAGCGGCCUCGAGCCAGGAUGGCGCUAUCAAUUCAGGGUCAGGGCACAAAACGCAGUUGGCUUCUCGCGGCCGAGCGAGAUCUCCGAUCCUCUGACGGUGACCCUUCAGAGAUCUGUCGCGUCUGCCCCUCAGUUCGAACUUGAACUCAAAGACACAACAGCUCUCGAAGGCGAACAGGCUGAGUUCGUGGCACGAUUCACUGGAUCGCCGUUGCCGAAGAUCUCGUGGUUCAAAGACGGCUUCGAGAUCUUCAGCAGCCGGAGAACGAGGAUCAUCACGGACAGUGGCAAAACGGUGCUCCUGAUUCAUCAGACGGCCCUUAACGACGAGGGUGAAAUAAAAUGCACGGCUACUAAUAGAGCCGGCCACAUAAGCAGCAAAGCAAGAUUAAUACUAGAAGCACCUCCAAAAAUUCGACUUCCGCGUCAAUACGAGGACGGCCUGUUAUUCGAACAGGACGAAACGAUUCGAUUGAAAGUGUCACUGGCAGGGAGACCAGCUCCUUCGGUGAUUUGGUAUCACGACGGUGAAAUAAUCUCGAGUGAUAAAAGACAUAUUUUUGAAACGAUGGACGGCGAGUCGAUUUUGAAAAUCCCCGAUGCAAAACGAGCCGACAGAGGAGAGUACACUGUUAAAGCUAUAAACAAGCUUGGAGAGGAUACCUCGUCAUUCCUGGUGACUGUCACAGAUCGACCUGCAGCACCUGGAAAAGCGACGGUCACGAUGACACUGGGUAGAUCGGUAACACUGUCAUGGAAGGAGCCCGAAGAUGACGGUGGCUGCAAGAUUGGCACAUACAUCGUCGAGUAUUACAGGAUCGGUUGGGACGUAUGGCUGAAAGCGACUACGAGUAGACAGACUAAAGCGACGCUGUCGGAGUUGAUCGAAGGGUCUGAGUAUAAAUUCCGCGUGAAGGCCGAGAAUCCGUAUGGCGUCAGUGAGCCCAGCGAGGAGAGCGAUGUAAUCUUCAUUCCAGAUAUAAAGAGAGGCAUAAUGGCACCGUCGCUGAGCGGCAAAUCGCAGAGUCACAGGGAGAUCAGAUCACGAGAAAAGCGGGAAGUGAGUUUCUCGGUGCCCACUCAGAGAACCAGAAGCCUGACGAGAGAAGAGGCUCGAAAUCGAGACCUGGACGACGAUAUGAGUUUCGGUCCAGCCAGUCGGUCGGUAUCGGCUCAAAAGCUGACCGUGCGACCGUCAAGGGCUGACAGUAGAGUCACGUUCGCGUUGGACACGCUGGAACAGUCGGAACCACCUAUUCCUCCGGCCAGAUCGAGAGAUCAUUCCAGUUCAAAGAAACUCGAAGAAAGAGUGAACGAAAAUCACGUGGAUCGGUCAAAUGCUAACACAAGCGUUCCAAACAGCGAGAAUCUGAUUCAAAUCAAAGAAACUCCAAUGCCAGUACCUCUCACCACGGUGACAGUGACACCUCCAACGGACGAAUCCAGCAAACGUUCAACAUUCAGGGAAUCGCGAUCGCGAUCAGUUUCCGUGUCCAGGGAACGUAGUAUGUCUCCAUUGUCCAUGCCAAAGAUUCAUGAACAAUACGAAUUGGAAAGUGGAUCUAGUUCCUCACGUUUUCGUCCACCGACGAGCUUGACUCUGAAAAAGCAACAGGCAGUUGUUGAUGAACCUCAACCACAAUUAAUAAAGAGUCACUCGUUAGAUGAGAACCCUAGAUCGCCUAGUACUCCGCGGGAUGAUUACGGUGCAGAUAUGCAUGGAAGCUCGGAAUUUAUGCUGGUUUUGUAUCCUGACGACCAGGCGAAGAAACUAGGAGACGAUGAGAGGCAAACGAGUUUAGGUGCGAGACAAAGCACAACAGAGGAGCCAGAGGAUCUGGAAGACCUCAUUCCACCGCCCAUGUCGCUCUCGUUACCAGAAUUAUUCAGCGCGGAACAUCAAGUGAUAGAAACGCUCAGAGAAGCUGUAAGCUCUACAGAAUUGCUCCACGAGCGCGCGAUGGAACGUUUCUAUCGAGCAGUAGCAGCUGAGGAAGCCUCAGAAGUGGCGAAGAGGAAAGUCCAGCUCGAAAGGCGAACCGGAGAACUGGCAUCAACUGUCGGAAGCAAACCCGAACCAGAAGAACAGAAAUCGCUCUUCAGGCGACGAUUGUCAAGCCCUUCGGUCACCGCUCAAAACUUAAUCACUUGGCAAUCGAAGAUCAAUCGUAGAAGAUCUAGCGAGAGUCAAGCGGACACGCUUAAACCGACUUCGAAAUUAUUGACAACAAAUCUAUCGUUAGACGUCGAAGUUAAAUCCGAUUCUAAUAUACCAGGCGACAUCGAGCCGUCGGUUCCAUGGGGGUUAAACAAACCCGAGGAACCACUACGCAGGUGGCACGAGACCAACAUGCCGUUGCUUAUUGAAAAACAAGAAAAAGAAUCGAUACCCUGGCAGGCUACCACCAAUGGAGAGCCUCCGCUCAAUGAGAAAAUAAUUCCUCAACCCGAAGUCAAGUUGGAAGCAGAAGAAGAAGUAGAAGAAGAAGAGGAAGAAAGUAUCGAAACCUCAGAAGAAUCGUCCGAGGAGAUGAGUAGCGCUGACAGCGAAGACUUGAAGCUCUUGAAGACCAGAAUCCUCGCCAGACAGGUAGUAGACGAAGAGGAAACGUACCAUCCUCGAGGAAAACCUGUUCUCCACGUUGAAACGGGACAUAAUAUACCAACCGUUGACGUCACGCCGCCAACACCGACUAACGUCAUUCCCAAAUCGAUUCUGAAGAAGCCUAAGGAGGAACCGAUUCCUGUUAAUAGCUUCGGUAGACCGAUUCCUCCAGAGAAGCCUGUUAGAAAGACACUGUCUCCAAAUCUGCAACCGAUAGAAAAACAAGAGGAACAAAUAAUGGAAGUAUCGGAUACACCAGAGCCAAUUAAGACGCCUAUAAUGUCAGAAAGCGAUACUGAUAGCAUGGUGUCAGCAGCAGAGGCAGCGAAGAAUCGCAGAUUGCAGGCAAAGAUGCGAACAGUGACACCGGAAGAGGAGGUCGACGAGGAGAACAUUGAACAACGGAUGGCAGUUGUCAAUCACUAUACUGAAAUCGUUAGAGAGCACUCAAGUCGUUUUAAUUAUAGGAGCUCGGAGGAGAGGAAGGUAGGAGACAGUGUGACUAGUUCUAGGAGGUCUUCCUUCUCUGAGGACCAGGAUAUGAAGAAUCAGAUCAAAGACCGUCUGGAGAACGCAGAACUGAAUGAUAAAAAAGAAGUUAGGGAAAGUCAGCAGACUCGACAAGCGAGGCCAAAGAAAAAAGACGAAAUUGAUAGGCAGGUGAAAGAAGUUAAAAGGAGUACUGGGUCUAGAGGGACGACUCCUGCUCGAGAUACCAAACCUGUAAGAGAAAAACGACCACCGUCUAGGAAUGAAUCUCCAGCACCGAGAUCCAGAAACGUUUCUGUGGAGAGGGGUGGAGCUUCUUCCAGGUCUUCUUCAAAGACCAGAGUACGAGCUCCUUCUCAGGAUAGAAGACCUCCAUCGAGGACGGGAUCGGAAGAGCAACGAUUCGUCAGGGAAAGAUCUGUAGACGAGGGUCCUCGUCGGUCCAGGAAACCUUCUUCGAGGCCUUCUUCGAGGACUUCUUCCAGGUCGAACUCCAGAGAUAGGAAGAGACCAGAGACGCCGGUGGAAUUGAAGAUGGAACGUCUGAACAAGGCUUUGGAAAGCAAGAAGUACAGGGGUACUCGACGCGGCUCUGCUACCGCAAGGGAAUAUUCAGACAACGCUUGGCGAGAGAGUCGAGUGAAUGAGGAACGAUUGGCGAUAGAAGCUAAGCAAAAUGUCAGAUCGACUGUGGAAUACGUGACUGAUUUGACUCUCCUACUAGCUGCUGUAUACGUUUACUUGUUUAAGAGGGAAACCCUGGCGAUUCCUUUUAUCGCGUUGCUUUUGUUUAGGAGAAUCCAAUACGAGAUCAAAGGACGCUUUUCGAAAGGCUGGUGGUCGAAACGGAAACAAUGAUCACAGUCUAAUUCGAAGAAAGAAAAUCUGAAACUAUAGAGCUCAUGGAAUUAAUUGGACGCCUUUUAAAACGGAGUAACUUUUUUAAUAUUGGAUCAAACGACUUGAAUUUUCUUUGGGACUAUUAAAAGCCUUAUUUCAUUAUAUAAUGACGAAAAUUGUAAAAACUUUGCCAUUCGUCGGAAUAACGAAAACAUAGAACACGAUUUUUAACUUUAUUAUUGGGGUUUUUAAUAAAAAUUGAAUGAAUUCCACAAAUUUUUGAUUAGAUGAAAUGGUAUGUUUCUUAAUUACUACAAUCUUAAAAAAAAAAUUCGUGGAAACGCCCUGUAGGAAAGCCGCACACGCGGAAGAGAUUCUUGACUCUCGACAUUUCACGAUUGAUCGGGAGAAAUCAGAAUGCGUCCAGAUGAUGAUUAUUCGAAGAAGAGAUUCCUGACCUUCGAUGCCGCGGUAUUGCGGCGAGCGGAUUCUCGACCUUUAGGGUUGCAGACUUCGGGAUGCAUCGUGGCAAUUUGUCAAGUGCAACGAUGCAUCGAUCAGCGGCGAGUUAGCCAAUUCUUGUACUCCAUUGAAGAAACCAAAGAUGAUAGUGUACGUUUUAACGACUAAAGCUUAUUAUAAAUUAUUGUUAUUAUUACUACUAUUUAUUCCUUAUUUAUUAUGAAUAUUCUUACGUGCAAUAAACAUGUACAUAACUGUUGAAUUUAA